CCACAAAACAACCCGGUUUUUCUGUCUUUAGUUAAACUACGGAAUUAUGCUUUAAAGAAACUCUCUUCCAUGUUUCUGUCCGUUUAGAGUAAUCAUCAGAUACCGGCUUUUUAAUGGGAGACCAAAAAGCAGAUUUUAUUUCUUUAAUCAGAUCAAAAAUGUCAAACACAAAUGGCCCAUCGCUGUUUCGUCUGGGUGUAAUAGUGACGAUGGCAGGAGUCAUCUCUCUGGGGGUUAUGUUUUUCUGGUUCUCAUCUCCAAACAAAUGCCCACCUCCAGUUUUUAGACCACACCAAUAUUCACAAAUCAGUUCUCUUUCUGAUAAAGCAGAGCAGAAACCUAUACUUCUGUUAUGGGUUUGGCCUGAAAAUUAUAGGUUCGAUUUCAGUGUCUGCAAAAAGUUUUACAAUAUUGAUAAUUGUCAAUUGACGGAUGACAGAGCGCUCUACAGCAGUGCGGAUAACGUCAUCGUUUAUCAUAGAAACAUCCAAUGGGAUCUCUCCAACCUUCCUCCAUCUCCUCGUCCUCCGUUCCAAAGGUGGCUUUGGUUGCAUUUGGAAUCACCAACCAACACCAAAAGGAUUCCAGGUCUGGAAAACCUGUUCAAUCUCACGCUCAGCUACAGACAGGAUGCUGAUAUUCCUGUACGGAUGCGCUUGAUGACCAGGAAGAAACCUAAUGAGGAUUUCAUCAUUCCCAAAAAGGAUAAACUGGUGUGUUGGAUUGUGAGUAACAAUGAUCCCUCAACAGGUGUUGACACAAGGAACGUUUUUUACAGAGAACUCAGCAAAUACAUCAAAGUGACUUUGUUCGGAAAGGCUUAUUCAGGGUUUCUGAGUUACGACGACUACUAUCCAACCCUGGCCUCCUGCAAGUUUUACCUUGCCUUUGAGAACUCCAUCCACAAAGACUACAUCACUGAGAAGAUCAACGGGCCGCUCGCGGCGGGGACCGUCCCUGUGGUGUUGGGUCCUCCGAGAAGAAACUAUGAGAACUUUGUUCCCGCCGAGUCCUUCAUUCAUGUCAAUGACUUCCCAGACGCAAAGUCACUAGCUGAAUAUCUGCUUUAUCUGGACAAGAAUGAAGAUGCAUAUCGCAAGUACUUUAACUGGAGGAAACAUCUCACUCCAAGUCCUCAUUUAAUUUUACAGACACAAGAGUUUAUUCUGGCUAUUUGCACUGCGUGUGACUAUACCGCACGACACAGACAAUAUAAAGAAGCUCACGAUCUCUAUGAGUGGUACUUCAAUUGAUGUCAAUGUCUUAAAAUCACCUGAAAUCAGAUAUUUAUAAAUGAACUGUGACUUUUUAUACAAGAUUUAAUAACAAUUUUGGUGAAAGUAUUUUGCUUACUAAUCAUUGCUUGUGAAUGAUCUAAUAAUUAAGUGAUGAUGCUGGUACUUGAAGAAAUGUAUGUACAUAAUUAUAUGCUGGUUUGUGUCAUGAUAACACUCGUUUUCUCAGCACAAGCCAGUAAUCAACGCACAUGAACUUUGGCUGACUCAAAAUGAAUUAUAAGUACAUUUUAAGUAUAUAUAUAUUACUAUUAUCAAGUAAAAUGCGGAUAGAAAAUAACAUAACAUAACUUGUCAGAGCUAGAACUGCACCCAACAUGAAAACCAUCCGUCUGUUUUCCUCCCUAUAUAAUUCAGAAUACAUAAAAAUAACAACGUUAUCUGAUGCAAAUUAUUGUUUUAUACUUACAUUUUACAUUUAGCACCAAAACAACUUACAAAUGAUGUCAAUAGAAGCAACCAAAAGCAACAAAAGAACAAGAAUAUGUUAGUGUCAUGACAAUUAAACCAACCACUCCUCCUUUUGUCCUCCUUUUACAUUCCGACAUAUUCUGAAGUGUUUCCAAAGCUUUCUUGUCAAUAGAAACUUCAUUGAAAGAUUUGGCUUUUAACCAACAAAUUACUAAUUGUUUGACCGAAAGAAAAGAUUGAACUGACAAGACUGGACUCGAACGAGAGGCUUUACACUUCAAUGUUUUACUAAGUUGAAUACCAUCAUAAAGAAGCAUAAAAACACUUUAACUAGCCGCUUUCAAACUAUUGUUAACUAACCACAGUAGUAAUCAAACUGACCCUUGUACACUGUAGACACUUUAACCAACCCUUAAACCGAGCCAUACCACCAAACCUUUACAGGUUAGACAAGUCAUUUUCAAUAAUAAUAACAAUAACAAAAAACAACGUUUAAUGUCUGUCAUACUUAUUUUAUGAGGUGAGGAGCAUUAGCAGCAUAUGUUUUUGAGCUUCUGAGUCCCUGAGCUUGAUAUAUAUUCCUAACGGUUAACAUGCCACUUAUUUUGUAUAAUUUAUUUAUUUUUGUUAUUAUGAAGCCAAAAUGUUACUUGAUACCAGAAAUGACCCAUUAAUGUUCAUGCAUGGUGAGUCAAGCAAACCAGACUCAAUCUAUAGUAAUGCACACAUAAUGCACACAUGCACCCUGAUUUAAAGACUGGCAUGCAUUCACAGAUCCAAGUGCGCUAUACUUUUAUAUGCAUGUGCAAUGACUAUAAUACAUGUAAAUAUUAAUAAGAGUUACUCUUCCCAUCCAGUUCAUUAAAUACAAGAAUUAAAUG